AUGUUUUGGAAAUGGAGCUGGAACUAUAGAUAUGGAAACUGCUACACAUUCAACGAUGGCGUGGAUAAUGACGAUCAACCUCUUCGCAUUUUAAAAUCAUCCAAACCAGGACCAUCUCAAGGUUCAGUAAUUACUUUGUAGAUAAUUAUAAAGGGAAAUGGCAAUAUAUUUCUUUAUUUCUCAUUUGAAAGAACUUUUAAGACUAUAUACAAUACUCUUUUGCCGUUUUUUCAUAUCUUGCUCACUUCUACAACUACAAAUAUUUUGAUCGAAAACGGAAUGAAAUGUCCGACAUCUUCAAUUUUUGUAGAUGUGCGUGUCACGUCACAACAGGGGUUACGCAAUAUUUUUAUCUAGACAACCACUAAUCAUUUUGCACUCAAAACUAUACUCUGUCUGCCCUUCUAAAUAUCAAGAUCGCUCAAAACCUUUAAAACAUCUACCAAUCAAUAUUUGGUCAGCAACGAAUACUUUUAUAUGGUUAAUCCCUGUUGUGACGUCACCAAAACUACCGUUAAUUUCAAAAUGUAUCCAUGAUGGCGGACAUCUCAUUACCUCAAGUAAAACUUUUUCAAGAACUAAGCAAGAUCAAUUUACUUCACUAUUCCUGCAUAGGUUUGGUUCUUCAUCUCGACAUUGAAGAGAACGAAUAUCUGGGUGAACUGACAGAGCAAGCAGGCGUGCGGGUUUUGCUGCAUGAACCGGGAGUCACGCCUUUUCCUUAUGAAGAAGGAUUCAGUGUCGCUCCAGGCAUGGCUACGUCCGUUGGCUUAACAAAAGUGUGUAUACUAGAAUUAUAGUUUAAUAGUCACAUAAGCUUGAGUAGACAGGUAAAUGGCCUUUUCAGAGCAGCUUAUUGCAAAAUUAUGAAGAAAAUUUCAGAAUAUAUAAAAAACUGGAUAUCCAAACUUAACAUGGAAAUCAGAUUUCCAUACAAUUUCCAGCUACGAUCAAUACUAUUUUCACAACAAAGAUUUCACUUACUUUACUUAAGUAAAUUAUAAAAAGGCGUUUUGCUAAUAAAUUAUCAAUGACAUGAGAAUUUAAGGUAAAGGAAUACAUCCGUUCAGAUACUAUAAAAACGAAAGAUUUGCCCUUUUAAUUCGAGUUUCCUGUUUGUAGACAUUAAUCAAAAGAUUGGAUAGAUUUGAGGAUGGAAGUUGUUCUGAGGAGGGUGUUCCACUACGUGAAGAAAAUCUGUACAGGAAACACAAAGACAUUACGCGCUAUUCGUUACAGGUUUGCCAAUAUGUUUAAUACCGAGGUAGUUCUAUUGCAUGUGUAUAAAAGAAACAACGGUGCCGAUGAGUGAAUCGACGAGGCGAUGUUACUGGAUGAUCGCUUUAAUAGGGAAAAGAAAUAAUUUUUCAAAGGUCGAGGUCUUGAUUGACUAUAGUUUGAAAAAGUUUAAAGUUGUUGAUCCAGUUGUUUGUCUUGUUUCAAGGACUCGAUGCCUGCAUGCCCUUUCAGGGCUGCAAAUAAAUAUUUGAAUUGACAUUUGUCCGAUCACUUUUAAUUUUGGUCGGACAUAACUUGAAUUUAGUCGGACAAAAACCAACAUCACUAAAUUUGGUCGGACAUAUAUAUACGUCACAAGAUAUAUAUAAGUCACAAGACAAAUAUAAGUCACAAGACAAGCAUGUAUGCCAUUCCGGCACAACGUUAAGUAAACUGUAAAAGUAAAUGCCAGAACGCCUCGUAACUUUUAUUGCAAAAUGCAAAUUGAGUGAAUUUGCAAUCGGAUUUUGUCACAACAAAAAAAUGUAUGUGACAAUUUUUUUAUGUGAUCGGACCAAUGUCCGAUCAAAAUUACUUUUGCUCGGACAUUUGCCAAAUUUAGUCGGACAUUGUCCGAUGUCCGACAGUAAUUUGCAGCCCUGCCUUUCUUUAACGUUAAAAAAGUUUAAAGAUCCAAUUAACGAAUUCUGCCGGGUUUGAUAAUGAAUUCUGCCGAGCAAAUACGCUCUCACCAUCCGCGAUUCUUUCCUGUUAUUUUUCUUUCCUUAAUUAACAGGCAUGUCUAAAUUCUUGUUUGGGAAAGAGUCAAUUGGCUAAGUGUGAUUGUGCUGAAGUUUCCUAUCCAUCGAUCAUAGUACCAUGUAAUCUCUCUGAAUGGAAGAUAAGUAAGAUUUAAACCAAGAAAAUUUAUAUUUUGAUUUUAUAUCAAACGUGUAAUCAAUACAGUCCAGCGGAUAUGCACAGAUAUUUGAGAAAAUCAUGCACUUUGUGAAGAAAGCACCAAAUUCACAGGAAGUGUAGACUUUAACAUGAUAAUAAAUCUUAGAUAUGGAGGCAUCACCAAAAUUGAUGCUGGAUGGAUUCUUAUAUGCUAAGGAUUUCUUAUAUUCUUAUAAGUAAUAGCAUGGCUUGAGGGAGAUUAGUGAUUAAAUGGCCCCGUAACCCGAGGCAGGUUUGCGGAAUUCCCGAGGGCGAAGCCCGAGGGAAUUCCGCAAACCUGCCGAGGGUAAGGGGUCAUUUAAUCACUAAUCUCCCGAAAAGC